AUGUCUAUAAUCCAGCAGCUGUUCCGUAGUAAUCGGAAGAAGCAGUCAAAGAAGAAGGAGCAAACUCGCAAGUCUCCACAGACCCAAGCCAACCAGUUGCAUCCGAGUGAUGUCCCUACAGGCCAGCACUCGCAGAACGAGGCGGUGACAUAUAAAGAUAAAGAGCAAAUCUUGCGGACUUCCCUUAACUCAAGUGAAACUACAUCGAAGUCUGCCUCCUCUGACGUGAAUAAAAGGUUAUCUGAUAAGGUCUCUCACAGAAGAUCAUCAUCUACCAGUGCUCGAGCAGCCUAUGUAUUGCCAACAGCAACUUUGAGACAUUCUGUUUCGCCCAAUUUGAAUUCAUAUUUUCCGAAUGGCUCAGAUUUGCCCAGCAUUGAUAAACUCCCAAGAGAGAUGCUGCCUAUAGUGACCUUGAUUCACGCUCAGCAGGCGAGAAUCUACGUUGAAGGACUAGUCAAGGUUCCAGAUAAUCCAGAUCUGAGUAUAUCUAACGACAGUUUACUAGAUCUGCCUGAUAGCUGGAGAAUUGUGAGCUCCAAACUGAGUGGAACAGAGCUUUCCUUCUGGGGUAUGAAUCAGGAUGGUUCCUUAGCAACCACCAAUGACCCUGAGGAUGACGAGGUUGGGUUGUUCAAACCGAUAUACGCAAACAUUGUAGAUGCUGCGUUCUCCCUGGACGUUUCCAGGUUAAUCAUCAAAAUCACGCUGAGUCUUCAAAGGGAGCUGCAGCUGAGAUGUGCCAAUAUCAACGAUUUGAAACUGUUUUACUCUUCUUUACUCUUGGCUCAGUUUGAGUAUCAGCAAAUGCAAAAAGCUUUCACUGGAGCAUUGUUGAGUGCAAAAGCCGUCAAUUUUUCAGACAUCAAGGUGCUUUUGGCACCCGAAAACAAGUUCGUUAAAGAGGAAUGGACGACUAUACGUUUCCCUUGGUUGAAUGCAAAGUGGUUGCGCUGUUACAUUUCUGUGAUACCCGGUGAAAGCGUAUCAUUUCCGUCAUUAAAAUUCAAGGAUAAAGAAAAGGUCAACAAGGAUAAACCUGGUAAGAUAGAAAUUUAUAUUUCUUCUAGAAAGGGUAAGAAAAAUCUUCUUGCAACGAUUUUCAAUGGGAGAUCAUGUUUUUCCAUUUAUCCAGAAGUACCAGAAUUUAUUGACAGUAACUCACUGAUUCGAAUAGAGGGCGAGGUCCUUGUCAAUGAGACCUUACUAGAUAAACUCUUGAACCAGGAUCUAGACGGUCUGCUUAGCCGAUCGUCGUCUCAAACAAAGCUAAACAAAAGGUCAUCGACAGGAUCGUUGUCAUCUUUCAAGAACCCAUUCCGAAGUAAUUCGUUGACAAGCAUGGGUCAUAGCAGACUAAGAUCAUCUUCUGUUAACUCUGUAGAGUCCAAUGGUAGUAGUAUCUGCUUACCAGCGAACAGUAAAGUGUGCAGGACGAAUUUCGUAUACAUCAUUCCAGAGACCCAUCAUGGAGUGCCAGAUUCUGAAACCAUGAUUCGACUACUCAUACCAAUUUUCAACGUUUUCAAGUUGUAUGGCCGUCCUCAGAAGUUUCUAUCCUCGAGAGAUAACAAACAGUCACUUCUCUUCGGAUUACCUCAGUUACCGCACACUCAGUAUCUGGACUCUGAAAGCUCAUACCAACUGGUGGACCUGAAUCUAGAAAACAGUAUCAAAGAAGAAUGGGCGUUGUUUGACUGGACUCAGGUCUUCCAGGAGAUGUGUUCGUAUCGCAUAUCUCAAGGCAUCAAAGGUUCUGGAUCUCUCGUUGAUACAUUCCGCGAUGGGUUGCUCUAUUCAAAGGAACUUGCUGACCUGAAAAGGUUUGAAUAUGCUGAGGAUCUGGAGUUUUAUGAUGCUGAGGAAGAAGAACAGAACUUUAAGCAAGGGAUCACUGGCAACGGAAAAACUAGCAAACACCAGAGAGUCUUAUCCCAAGAUAUCUCCAAUAAUUCCGUGAAAAUGACCCCAGUAAAUGGUAUCAACAGUGAUUCGUAUGUAUCGGUGAAUACAUAG